AAUUCUCACUCCGCAACAAAAAAGUUGAGUACUGCAGACAUAUCGUUCUGACUCCUCUCAACAACAUGUUCACGACUGCCACGUGGGAUUUUCAAAUGCAAAAAAGUAUUUGUAAUAUUCUAACCUCAAUCUCAAUCAAAAGGUUUUCAAAUAUGCUUUCGCCGUUAGAAGCUGCUAAACAAACAGCAGCUCAUAAGGCAAUCAAUAAACAUGUUGAAAAUAAUUUUGUAUUGGGAAUAGGUUCCGGCUCUACCAUAGUUUAUGCAGUCGAAAGAUUGGCGGAGAGGGUUGCCAAAGAGAAUCUGGAGGUGGUUUGUAUUCCAACUUCAUUCCAAGCCAAACAGCUAAUUGUUAAACACGGGUUAAAACUAGGCAGUUUGGAUACACAUCCAAUACUCGAUGUUUGCAUAGACGGUGCGGAUGAGGUGGACGCCAAUCUCAACAUAAUAAAAGGCGGAGGGGCCUGCCUAUUGGAAGAGAAGAUUAUUGCCAGUUGUGCAAACGGAUUAGUGAUCAUAGCAGAUUACACAAAAAAUUCCACAAAGUUAGGAGACCAGUAUAAAAAAGGUAUUCCAAUUGAGGUCGUACCUAUGAGUUACGUCCCCGUUCGGAACAAAAUCCGUAAUACCUUUGGUGGGGAGGUCAAUUUACGAAUGGCAGUCGCCAAAGCCGGUCCGGUCAUUACGGAUAAUGGGAAUUUUAUCUUGGACUGGGUUAAUUUUAAGCAAUUGGACGAUUGGAAAGAGGUAAAUACGGCAAUACGGAUGAUUCCGGGUGUCGUUGAAACCGGACUCUUCCUGCAAAUGGCCAAAAUCGUUUACUUCGGGCAAGCAGACGGAACCAUCAAAGAACAAACUGCAAAGGACGGUCAUUAAUACUUUUGCUAUUACACUUUUACAAUAAGCAUUUUAUACAAUUAAUUAAGUCUUAAAUGGUUUUUAGGUGAAUAAAUGUUGGCUUUACAUUGUUUGUUAAUUGUGAAAGAUAAAAUUGCCACAACAUUGCGUUAAGUGUGAAUGAGGUAGGACUACAGUAACUAGAUUUAAAAGAAACCUUGUUUCAGUUACACAAAACAUCAUGUAUCAAGUGUAAAAUUAUACAGAGUGUUCGUUUUAAAUUUCGAAA